CGCCCGCCCGCCCGCCGGCCCAGGCUGCUCAGGCGAACGCGGCGCCGCGGCCGGCGGCCGAGAGGCGAGGAUGCGGCGGCGCUCGCGGAUGCUGCUGUGCUUCGCGCUGCUGUGGGUGCUGGGCAUCGCCUACUACAUGUACUCCGGGGGCGGCUCCGCGCUGGCCGCGGGCGCGGGCGGCGCCGGCAGGAAGGACGACUGGAAUGACAUUGACCCGGUGAAGAAGAAAGACCUGCACCACAGCAACGUGGAGGAGAAGGCACAGAGCGUGGAGACCCUGCCCCCAGGCAAAGUGCGGUGGCGAGACUUCAACCAGGAAGCGUACGUCGAGGGGACCAUGGUCCGCUCCGGGCAGGACCCCUACGCCCGCAACAAGUUCAACCAAGUGGAGAGCGACAAGCUGCGGAUGGACAGAGCCAUCCCCGACACCAGGCACGACCAGUGCCAGCGGAAGCAGUGGCGGGAGGACCUGCCGGCCACCAGCGUGGUGAUCACCUUUCACAACGAGGCCCGGUCGGCCCUGCUCAGGACCGUGGUCAGUGUGCUUAAGAAAAGCCCGCCCCACCUCAUCAGGGAGAUCAUCCUGGUGGACGACUACAGCGAUGACCCGGAGGACGGGGCGCUCCUGGGGAAAAUCGAGAAAGUGCGGGUUCUCAGAAACGAUCGGCGAGAAGGCCUGAUGCGCUCCCGGGUCCGUGGCGCCGACGCAGCCCAGGCCAAGGUCCUGACGUUCCUGGACAGUCACUGCGAGUGCAACGAGCACUGGCUGGAGCCGCUGCUGGAGAGGGUGGCCGAGGAUAGGACCCGGGUCGUGUCGCCCAUCAUCGAUGUCAUCAACAUGGACAACUUCCAGUACGUGGGGGCGUCCGCCGACUUAAAAGGGGGUUUCGACUGGAACCUGGUGUUCAAAUGGGACUACAUGACGCCCGAGCAGAGGCGCGCGCGGCAGGGGAACCCGGUCGCCCCCAUCAAAACCCCCAUGAUCGCCGGGGGGCUGUUCGUGAUGGACAAGGUCUAUUUUGAGGAGCUGGGGAAGUACGACAUGAUGAUGGACGUGUGGGGCGGAGAGAACCUGGAGAUCUCCUUCCGCGUGUGGCAGUGUGGCGGCAGCCUGGAGAUCAUCCCCUGCAGCCGCGUGGGCCACGUGUUCCGCAAGCAGCACCCCUACACCUUCCCCGGCGGCAGCGGCACCAUCUUCGCCCGCAACACCCGCCGGGCGGCGGAGGUGUGGAUGGACGAAUACAAGAACUUCUACUACGCCGCCGUGCCUUCCGCCAGGAACGUCCCUUACGGCAACAUCCAGAGCCGCCUGGAGCUGAGGAAGCAGCUCAGCUGCAAGCCGUUCCGCUGGUACCUGGAGAACGUGUACCCCGAGCUGCGGGUCCCCGACCACCAGGACAUCGCCUUCGGCGCCUUGCAGCAGGGCACCAACUGCCUCGACACGCUGGGCCACUUCGCCAACGGCGUCGUCGGCGUGUACGAGUGUCACAACGCCGGGGGCAACCAGGAGUGGGCGCUGACCAAGGAGAAGUCGGUGAAGCACAUGGACCUGUGCCUGACGGUGGUGGACCGGGCGCCCGGCUCGCUCAUCAAGCUGCAGGGCUGCCGGGAGAACGACAGCAGACAGAAAUGGGAGCAGAUCGAGGGCAACUCCAAGCUGCGGCACGUGGGCAGCAACCUGUGCCUGGACAGCCGCGGGGCCAAGGCGGGCGGCCUGAGCGUGGAGGUGUGCGGGCCGGCGCUGUCCCAGCAGUGGAAGUUCUCGCUGAACCUGCAGCUGUAGGCGCCGCCGCGCCCGCAGGCCGUCGGGGUCACGUGGAUCGGUGGCGUCUCUCAAACUCUCCGCGAAACCAUAUACCUCAGCAUCCCAUCCCGUCUGCGGCCGGCUCCUCGGCACGGACGGGGCGGCGGACUCCGCGGCGAGGGGAGAGGACUGAUCUCCAGUCACGGGCCCAGCCUGGCCCCCUGCCCCUUCCUGGCGGCUCCCUCCUCCUGGUCCUGCCCGGAUGCCCAGGAGCAUCCCCAGGGGAUGUCACAGCCCAGGCUCCGAGACGUGCGGUUGGAGGACGGGAGGGGGAAGGGGCACGUGGCUCCAUCCAUCGCGGCGGGAGAACUCUCCGGAAACCUCCGUUUGCCCCAUCGCAAGCCCGCGGCGCCGACGGCCACCUGCAGGUCCAUCUCCCGCCGCCUCCACACGCCGCGAAGGACCUGCCGUAUCUGACCGUGAGCGUGUGUGCGGGCACUCACUAUAAAUAGAUAGAAAGAGCGCACGGGCGUGCCCGGUGGUCUCUGUAGGUCCUCCCCCGUAAACGCCCCACGGAGCAGCGGCCGUGCCCGGGGCCGGCUGGGGCCUUUCCUGCCGCCGCCAGGAGCCAGCUGUGCCCGGAGGCUGGAUGCCAGCCGCGGCCCCCACUCUGUCCGGCUCUAGCGCGGGAGUCACUGCUCCGUGUUGGCGUCCACUUGGCGUGCCCCUGGCACCUGUAAACCUGGACUUGUUUGGACAAAUGUUGCUUUAGGUCUUUUUAAAUGAAAUUUCUUUUCUCUAAGGAAAAACAAACAAGAAAAACUGAUCCCACAGCUGUCGGGGGCCGUCACAGGCUGGCGACGGGCUGAGGGUGCGUGUCCUGGCAGCUGGCGGCCUGUCCGGCCCUCCUGACCCAGGUGACGCCUCGGGGCUUUGGGUCGUUGUCAGGACGGUGGGAACGGCCCUGCCUGCUCAGUGACACGGAGGCCCGGGGCCUGAGCAGCGGCCGGGGGUCGGGGGUCGGGGAGCAGGCGUCAGUGUGAACCAGGGACAGUGACGAACGAAAGUAACCACAGGGAGAGAGGCCAGGCGUCCCCUGGAGGGCGGGGUGCCCUGUGGAGCCUCCAGGCCAGCCCCAGCCCCAAGGAGGCGCCAUGGUCACCUGGCCACGCUCCCCUCUCGCCCCCCUGGCCGCCCUCCCACACCCGCCUGGUCUCAGGCCGGCCGCGCCCGCAGCGCCCCCCCCCCCCCCCCCCCACACACACAGGAUGGCUCGUGCCUCCUGAGGGGACAUCCCCAGGCCCCUCUGGGAGGGACAGGGACGUGGCCCCGGGAGAUCCUGCCAGUCGACACUGCCACGGGCUCCUCUUUCCUGCUCAGUUCCUUCUUUUCUUUUAAGAUCAAAGUUCAUCUUUUUUUUUUUUUUAAUGGAUUUCAGAGAGGAAGGGAGAGGGAAAGAGAGAAACAUCCGUGAUGAGAGAGAACCAUGGAUCGGCUGCCUCCUGCACGCCCCCCACUGGGGAUGGAGCCCGCAACCCGGACAUGUGUCCUGACCGGGAAUCGAACCCCGACCUCCUGGUUCACAGGUUGACGCUCAACCCCUGAGCCAGGCCGGCCGGGCCUGAUGGUUUCUUUUGGAAGAGGGAGCACGGUUGGUCUCUCUUCCUCACGUGUGUUUGCUCCCGACAGUGGAUGGGGCGUGGCAGCGUGGCUGGGGGCUCCCCCCCACCCCCCACCUCCGGCUUCUCCCUUUCGCCCCCUGCCAGGCAGUGCCAGGGGUGGCCUCGCACACUUACGUCUCCAGAGGCUCCUGGAGAGUCGGGUACCCGUGUCGGCUGUUGAGCGCCGAUGGGGCGGCCCCACGCCUGGGUCCCCUGGUCAGACCUGUCACCUGAGCUGUUACUACUGUUAGAAAACAAUGUCCCCGACGGAAAACAGACCCGGCUCAGACGGGAAACAUUCUCAUCAGGUUCCCGAUCCUCCGCCCACACACCUCCCCCCAACCCAGAGGCCUCGGCGCCCUUGGAUCUAUGGGGACGCCCUGCCCCUCCCCAGCGGGCAGGCCCCCGUGGACUUGGCCUUGGCCCCCGGGGGCGCUGGGAGCAGAGGCGGCUGGGCCCCCACCCCCUCCCCCCCAGGCGAGCCAUGUUUACAGGACACAGCGUGCCAAAGCGACUUCCUGCGGUGGGUGGCGGCGUCUUUUGUCGUCUUGGGGCCCAUCUCCCCCCCACCCCCUUUUUACAAACGAAGGUUCUUCCCCCAGAGCCCCCUGAACAAAGCGAGGCGACGCUCCCCAUCCCCCUGUGGCCGUCUCUCCUGGGUCUCCAUCGAUGGUGUCUGUGGGUCUGUUUUGCAAAUUCAAAAAUAUAGUUUGGUAAUUUUUUUUCCCGGUUGAUUUUUUUAAAAGAACUGCUGUACAGAGCUUGUGCUUUGUCCAUUUUAUAGAUGGAAACCAUCCUCGAGAAUUGUUUUAACUUAAAAUAAAGAGACGAUGCUUUAUAGAGAA